UUGCAGUUUGAGUCGGUCACUCGCAGAGGAGUGUGUGCAUUUGAGUGUGUGCUCUUUAUCUGGAUCUGCUCCACGGCUUUCCACGGGCCACGUCACGUCACGGAGGGGGAAGAAACAGAUUCCUGAGCUCUGCUCGAGUUUCCUGCGAUCACAUCCUCAGAUCCACAUCUACAGCGGACCAGACGCCGCGCUUUCCCCACUACAACACACUAAACCGGCUUUUCUUACAAAAAUGAUGUUUCGAUGUUUCCCCGUGCUUUUCCUCCUGGCUGUGGUGUGCUGUCAUGCCGAGGAGGCUCAGAGCAAAUCAAAGGUGUGUGCGAAUGUGUUCUGUGGCGCUGGAAGAGAGUGUGCCGUGAACGAGAAAGGAGACCCCAGCUGUCUGUGCAUUGAGCAAUGCAAACCUCAUAAGCGCUCAGUGUGUGGCAGUAAUGGAAAAACGUACCGUAACCACUGCGAACUGCACCGUGACGCCUGUCUUACUGGACUCAAGAUCCAAGUGGCCCAUGAAGGACACUGCAAAGAGAAGAAGAAGGAGAAGGCUGCAGCCAGCCCAGUUGUGUGUUACGUUGCGGAUCGUAACGAGCUGCGCAGACGUGUGAUCGACUGGCUGCAGACAGAGGUUGUUCCAGACGGCUGGUUCACUAAGGGCUCCAACUUCACUGAUAUCCUCCUCAAGUACUUCAAGAAUUAUGAUAACGGAGACACUCAGCUGGAUUCUUCAGAGCUGCUCAAGUUCAUUCAGCACAAUGGGACCGCCGUUCAGAUGAACUCGUACGUUGAAGAGGAGAACAACCGUCUACUCAGGAGUCUUUGUGUGGACGCUCUUAUCGAGCUCUCAGAUGAGAAUGCCGACUGGAAACUGAGCUUUGAUGAGUUCCUCAACUGCCUGAAACCAGGCUUCAACCCUCCUGAGAAGAAAUGUGCUCUGGAAGAUGAGACCUAUGAGGACGGCGCCGAGACACAGGUGGAGUGCAACCGCUGCGUCUGCGCGUGUGGAAACUGGGUCUGCACCGCCAUGACCUGUGAUGAGAAAAGCCCAGUUAUUGACACUAAUGGGGAUGAGGAGAUGACUGAAGAGGAGUGGACCCGUCGUGUGGCUGAACUCAACAAGCAUCAGGAGACUGUGGAGAAGAUGAAGAGCAGCACAAAGGAGGUCUAAAACAGGACAGAGAGAGACAAGAGGAGGGAGAAGAUGUGGACGAAUUCCUCUCCUACUGAUCACAAUCAGGAUUCCUGAGAUUACGUACUGUUAUUGGAAGAAUCACAGUAUUUUCAAUAAAUAGGUUAUUACUUUUAUUGCUAUAUGAACUGCAUCUACUCUCUGGUUAAUGUGCUUUUCAUUGCGGUUGUAUUUUUCUACAUAUUUCAUUAGCUUUUCAUUCUUUUGUAUGUUCAUAUGUCUUCGAGUGCUGUAAACUGUUUGAUUGUGUCACUCCAAACGAUGCCGAAGAGGCCCCAGCACUUUGUUAUGGGGGCCCUUGUUUUAUUCACUAUUGUUUGAUUUUAUGUACCAUUCUUUAUACCAUUUAUUUGUUUGUCUGUCUACAGUUAUAUGUGGAAAUGUUUAUUUUUUAUUUUAUUGAGACAAUGGCAAUAGAAGAAGAAAGAAGAAUAAGAAAGGGUUUCGAGAGUGAUGCCGAGAGAGCAAAACAACACGGGUUCAUCCAUCAAACUGUGACUUCAGAGCUUCAGAACUAGAGAUAUCCCUCAGUCAGAUGGUAGAUAGUCAUGCUAAAACAACAACAACAAACUAGUGAAAGCUCGCUUGACAGAUAAAAAAAUGUGACUUGAAAGAAGCUCGCUCUCUCUUUCACUCUCAUCACGAACGCAGUCAUAGUCUUGAGACCUUUCGUAAAGGUGCUAAUGUUAGAAUUCCUCGGUUUGCGGCUUUGCUCUUAUGCAUUAGAUGGUAGAUACGCUCAUUACACACUAGAAGCAGUGUGGCUCAGUAAAGUAGAGAGGCAAUAUCUUUGAAUUUUUAUUUUAUUAC